UUUUGAGACGAAAUGGCCAAAUGUACGUAUUUUUUAUCGCGUAAAACGUUAUUAGAAUUUUGCCAGCCUAAAUGUUCAAGAUUAAACGCGAUACGAACAUUUGUAGACAGACCAGCUAUUAUUUUAGGAAUCGAAACAAGUUGCGACGAUACAGGAUGUGGAAUUGUAGAUACUACAGGAAAGAUAUUGAGCGAGGCAAUAAAUUCGCAACAUCUUACUCAUUUAAAACAUGGUGGCAUAAUACCUUCAAUUGCCGGUGAAAUGCAUAGACAACAUAUUACUACAGUUUGUGAGGAUGCACUAAAAUCAGCGAAUUUAAGACUAAGAAAUAUAGAUGCUAUUGCAACUACAACAAAACCAGGUCUUUUCUUAUCACUUGACGCUGGAAAUAAAUUUGGCAAAUAUCUCUCUAGGAUUGGUAACAAACCAUAUAUACCGAUACAUCAUAUGGAAGCUCAUGCAUUAACUGUCCGAAUGGUACAGAAAGUAAACUUUCCUUAUCUCGUUUUGCUUGUAUCAGGUGGCCACAGUUUAUUAGCGAUUGUUGAAAAUGUUGAUAAAUUUUAUACACUGGGUACUACGUUAGAUAAUGCACCUGGUGAAGUUCUGGACAAGAUUGCUCGUAGACUUAAACUUGCAACUAUACCAGAAUUCUCGCAUAUGAGCGGUGGUCAGGCAAUAGAAAGUGCAGCAAGCAAAGCUCCAGAUCCAACUAAAUUCUUUUUCGAGCCUAUCUUAACAAAAAAAAGAGAUUGUCAAUUUAGUUUUGCAGGUAUAUGGAACAGAAGUUUUAAAUAUAUUUUAGAUAAAGAAGAAAUUUUUGAUAUUGCUAAUAGUGCGGCAAUUCCUAAUGUGUAUAAUUUUUGCGCUGCCAUACAACUGGUUUUUGCAAAACACAUAUGUCUCAGAACGCAAAGGGCAAUGGAAUUUAUUAACAAUACGAAUUUGAUACCACAAGAGCAGCGAACUUUGGUAAUAUCCGGCGGUGUGGCUUGCAACAAUUUCUUGGCAAAGACUUUAGAAAUUGUUUGUUCGGAAAGAGGCUUUAAAUUCGUUAGAACUCCACCUCGUUUAUGCAAUGAUAAUGGUGUAAUGAUAGCGUGGAACGGUGCGGAAAAGUGGAUGGCAAACAUAAACGUUCUCCGAGAUAGAGAAGAAACCGAAAUGGUAUCUGUUGAGAAUAACGCAUCAUUCGGAGAAAGUUGGAUUGAAAGAGUACGAGAUGCAAACAUAAAAUGUAAAUUAGUAAAAUUAAAUAGGCUUUAA